GAGCGCACACUUCCCUUUUUCCUAAACACGUGUAACAAUGCCAGAACCAGGGAAAGCACCCAAGAAGGGCUCCAAGAAAGCCGUUACUAAGGUCACCAAAGGCGGCAAGAGGAAGAGGAAGACUAGGAAGGAGAGUUACGCCAUCUACGUGUACAAGGUCCUGAAACAGGUCCACCCUGACACCGGUAUCUCUUCUAAGGCCAUGGGCAUCAUGAAUUCCUUUGUGAACGACAUCUUUGAACGCAUCGCCGGCGAGGCUUCCCGUCUGGCUCACUACAACAAGAGAUCCACCAUCACGUCCAGGGAGAUCCAGACCGCCGUCCGCCUGCUGCUGCCCGGGGAGCUGGCCAAGCACGCCGUGUCCGAGGGCACCAAGGCCGUCACAAAGUACACCAGCUCCAAGUAAACCUGCUGCCCCAUUCAACAACACAAAAGGUCCUUCUAAGGGCCGC